UUCUAUUACAUCAUUAUCACUUUAUGAUGAACAAAAUGAAAUAGCAAGUGAUAAUGAGGUAAUUGAACAUCAUGAACAGAAUGAAAACACACAUGAUAAUGAUGUAAUAGAACAUGAAGAACAGAAUGUAAUGACAAUUGAUAAUGAGGAAAUAGAAAAUCAUGAUCAGAUUGAUACCACAUGUUAUAAUAAAGAAGAUGAUGAACACAAUGAAACCACAAUUGAUAACGAGGUAAUAGAAAAUGAUGUUCAGAUUCAUACCACAUGUGAUAAUGAAGAAGAUGAUGAAUAUAAUGAAACCACAGGUGAUAAUGAGGUAGUAGAAGAUGAUGAAAACAAUGAAACCACAAGUGAUAAUGAUGUAAUAGAAGUCAAUGAAAGGAAUGAAGCCACAAGUGAUAAUGAGGUAUUAGAAGGUGAUAAACAGAAUGAAACCACAAAUGAUGAGGUAUUAGAAGAUGAUAACCAGAAUGAAACCACAAGUGAUAAAGAGGUAAUAGAAGAUGAUGAACACAAUGAUACCACUAGAGAUAAUGAAGUAAUAACUGAUGAAGAUCAGAAUGAAAUGACAACUGAUAAUGAGGUAAUCGAAAAUGAUGAACAGAAAGAAGCCACAAGUGAUAAUGAAGUAAUAGAAGAUCAAGAACAGAAUGAAACCACAAGUGAUAACGAGGUAUUAGAAGGUGAUAAACAGAAUGAAACCACAAAUGAUAAUGAGGUAAUAGAAUAUGAUGAACAGAAUAAAACAGCAAGUGAUAAUGAGGUAAUAGAAGAUGAACACAAUGAAACAACAGGUGAUAAUGAGGUAAUAGAAGAUGAUGAACAGAAUGAAACCACAAAUGAUCAUGAGGUAUUAGAAGAUGAUCAAAUUAUCACUUGUGGCUUCAUUCU